GGAGUGUCUCGAUCUUAACGGUCUGCGGAAGACAGCGUCGACGAUGUGGUUGGCACCGGUUUGCUGUAUGGCGGUGCUGCUGGUUGGAUGUCUGCAAACGGCGGCGGCCAUUUCACCGAAAUCGGAACCCACGAUAUCGGAAUGUGCUGCAAAGGGAGGCGAAUGUGACGAAAGCAAGGGACGACCCGUAUGUGGAAGCGACAAUAAGACUUACCCCACACGUUGCCAUCUCAUCCGAGCGCAAUGUAGUGGACAUCAGGUCGCUUUCAAGCAUCGAGGAUCAUGUAAAGAUGUCUGUAUUGCCUCACGGACCUACGCACUCCAGCAACGUGCCAACUCACCGUACACGGUCAAGUACGUACCGAGAUGUCGGGAGGAUGGAACUUACGCACCGGUCCAGUGCAUUGAUGGUGGUGGUUGUUGGUGUGUGAAUGGGCAGGGCAAGCAGCUGCCGAACACCAUGGUUCAGCACGGGAAGCCGAUCUGCGUAAAGAAGGGCAAAUCGAACCAGCGGCGGUCGUCACCUCGCAACCCAGUUCGCAACAAGCGCGGCUGCAGCGGACUAGAUCGAGCCGUUUUCAACACUAACCUGCUGAAGCUGUUCCAAAACGAGCACGUGCGGGUACAUCAGCACAAUCUUACCGGUCCGAUCAACGAAAAGGCAGUGCUGGAUUGGAAGUUUGCUGUGAUGGAUCUGAACGGUAACAAUCUUCUGGACAAGACGGAGUAUCGCACGAUGAAACGGCUGAUCAAGAAGGUCGUGAAACCGAAGCGCUGUGGCAGAUCGUUCGGCAAGAACUGUGACGCAGACCAGGACGAACGACUAUCGCGUAACGAAUGGUACAACUGUUUGGCAAAAGAUGACGUCACACCUCACAACCCGUCGUCAUCAUCACCAUCAUCCUCAUCAUCAAUAUCUAGUUCCUCUCCCGGUGGUUCUGGACUGUACAAUGUCCCCCAUCUGCAUCAUCAACAUCCACAUCAUCAUCCUCAUCAUAGCACACUUGGUGGGCUGUCCCGCGGCAAUGGUGGCAUGGUGGGUGGUGGAGGUGGGUCUAUCGGCGUCGGCGGUGGCGGCGUCAACGUCAACGGUGGCACCGGCGGUGGUGGUCACUUUCUGCGUGCCGAUGACGACGACGACGACUCACAGAAUAUCUCAAAUGAUUUCACUGACGAUGACGAUGACGAUCACUCAGAGAAUGAGUACGAUUCGGACGAACUGCCCGACAGUGAUAAUGCACUACUGAACGGAUUGCAGUUGCCCGUUAACGGAUUGCAGCCCUACCUGUUGCUGCAGGGCAAGACGAUGGUCGAUCCUAAGGGAGAGGAUGACGCUAUCUUCAAGGAUAGUGAGGCAGACUCGGAUUGUUUGAGUGAUCGCAAGUACGCUUUGGAUGAGCAGAAGUACGGCACCAAUGCACUAUAUGUCCCGGAAUGUACCCCAGAUGGACGAUACCAGCGAGUACAGUGCUACCGCUCCACCGGCUACUGUUGGUGCGUGAACGAGGAUACCGGCAAGAACAUUCCGGGCACGUCAACCAAGGACGAGAAACCGGUGUGCGAUCAGUACGCAUCGUCCACACGACCCAUGAAAGGAUGUCCCGAGGAAAAGAAGGUUGAAUUUCUGAAGGAUCUGAAAUCGUUCCUGAGCAAACAGGUUUCGACAUCCUUUGCAGGUAAAAUCAUACCGGUGUGGAAUACUGAGGAGGAAAAGAUAGCCAUACUAAGCUUUGUGCUUUUGGACAAAAAUCAAAAUAAACAGUUGGAGCGAAAGGAGUGGAAAGCGUUCCGUGAGCUAGUAACCGCCACAAGACAACUUCGAAAGUGUGGCAAGAAAAUGCCCCGCUACUGCGAUGUAAACAGUGAUCGAAAAAUUACCCUGUCCGAAUGGAUGAGCUGCUUGGAUGGUAAACGAAACAGCUCGGUUGAUGUGGCUGCGAUGAGCGCUCCGUUGGUGCAGGCUGAGCUGAAGUCGACCAGCAGUGGAAGCAGCAGUAGCAACGGUGGCAUCAGUAGUAUCGGUAGCAGUAGCAGUAGCUCACCGUCAGCGACCAGCUCCAAGUUUAAGGGAAGAAAUCCGCUCGAGUUUGUGCUGAAGAGUGACUAGUGGUGGUGAAUGGAUCGAACGCGGCAUCCAGAAGAGCGAGACUUAAAUCCUAAACACAUCGAAUCAUA